UACCCCCCCAGGAAAAACCCUACUGGCUAAAUCUCUUUCCCGCUCUUUCAUUCACUCCGCGCUAACCCUUAUCACCAGUCAGGCAGUCACUGGCACUGCGACGCCAUAGUCUUCGUCUCCGGCAGUCACAACCUGCCAUAUCCGCCGAGGGCUGAGAUUCAGGCACGUAACGCCGCAAGCCUGCAACCUCUCAACACAAAUCCACCAUUUCAGCUGAGUGAUUCUUGGCUUGCAAUGGCAACAUCUUUCCAAGCAAAUCUAGAGGUAUCGGGGUGCAUUACAAAGUCGAUGAUUCCAUGCCAAAAAUCAUAUGUCUGUGGCUCCAGUUUAUGUUUUCCAGAAUCUCGAUGCUUCUCAAAUACUCUUUCACAAUUAUCUCUGAAGAUGCAUCCUUCAAGCAAGAGAAACACUAGCAUCAUGUGCAACAGCCAAAUUAACAGUUCAGAGGAUAAGGUUGGCGGUCUUACAUAUAAGGAUGCUGGGGUUGACAUUGAUGCAGGCUCAGAACUUGUCAGGAGAAUUGCCAAGAUGGCACCUGGAAUUGGGGGCUUUGGAGGUCUCUUUCCUUUAGGGGAUUCAUACCUUGUGGCUGGCACAGAUGGAGUGGGGACAAAACUAAAACUUGCAUUUGAAACAGGAAUUCAUGAGACUAUAGGGAUUGAUCUGGUUGCAAUGAGCGUUAAUGAUAUUGUCACCUCUGGAGCAAAACCUUUAUUUUUCCUUGAUUACUUUGCAACAAGCAAACUUGAUGUUGAUCUUGCAGAAAAGGUUAUAAAAGGUAUUGUAGAUGGUUGCAAACAAUCUGAUUGUGCUCUUUUGGGUGGAGAGACUGCAGAAAUGCCAGAUUUCUAUGCAAAUGGGGAGUAUGAUCUUAGUGGUUUUGCUGUUGGCAUCGUGAAAAAGGAUUCAGUUAUUGACGGGAAAAACAUUAUUCCUGGAGAUGUUCUCAUUGGACUUCCAUCUAGUGGUGUCCAUUCAAAUGGAUUUUCCCUUGUUAGAAGGGUAAUUACGCAAAGUGGCCUUUCUUUGAAAGACCAGCUUCCUGGCAGCCCUAUUACCUUAGGUGAAGCUUUGAUGGCCCCAACUGUCAUAUAUGUCAAGCAGGUACUUGACAUCAUUAGUAAAGGAGGGGUUAAAGGGGUAGCUCACAUCACGGGAGGCGGUUUUACUGAUAAUAUACCUCGAGUGUUUCCCAAAGGCUUGGGAGCUAUCAUUCAUAACGAUUCCUGGGUAGUUCCUCCCGUAUUCAAAUGGAUUCAAGAGGCGGGUAAAAUUGAAGAUGCUGAAAUGAGGCGUACUUUCAAUAUGGGGAUCGGGAUUGUCCUAGUUGUGACCCCAGACACCGCUCUUAGAAUCCUCGGGGAUGGAUGCGAGUCAAGCAAAGCUUUCUGCAUCGGUGAAGUAGUAAAAGGAGAUGGAGUAAGUUACCAUUAGUGCAUAAAUAAAAGAUGAUUUUUACUGAUACAAUUUUUUUUUGAAUAUUUUUCCCAGCUACUUUUGUUCAUCUUAUGUUCAUGCUCAUGCAAGUGAGUAAGUUGUGGAAUGUAUCUUGUUACUCAUGAAUAAUUUACCAAUUGGUAGAAAUAGACUUGCCAUUUGAAAAAAAAAAAAGUUUCUUUUCAUCCAA